UGAGUCGACGGACUGCUUGGGUGGUGUUGUUGGCCUGCCUGUGACUGCUUGUGUCUAUCUGACUUACCUUUGGGGUCUUUUUCCAGAGCUCUCAAUCAGCAUUCACACGUCCAGACGAAAGAAGAAGGCCACAGAAGAAAGCACUGCGUUUGCAUCAUCCGCCUUGUGCGUGGAUCCAACUCCGUAAUGACGACUUUAAAGCUGAGGUGAGAUCGUCGUCUCGCUCAGGUACAAAACGAAAUUUCUUCGCACGGCUGUACACCUUGUCCUCUCUGUGGGGCGUAUUGAAUUGGAAGCUAGCUCCACACAAACAGUGCCGCUGCCUUGGAAGAAAUAAAAUCGCGGGGCCUUCCUCCAAACACAUUUUAAAACCCUCAAAACCAGCAGGGAUCGAGACGAUGAUCGAGACGCAGGAAAGAUUAUUCCCCAUCAUUCGAGCAACCAACAUGCACAGCGAGCAAGCCAAAGAAAAUCGCUCCUUCGCGUGACAAGAACGAUUGGAGUUGGAUUGGAUGGAUUGAUGCGCGUGUUCUUGCUUAGCGAGGACGCAAAGAAAUCCCACCUGGGAAUUAAACGGCCAGUGUGGGGAUUUAAAGGUUCUUGGUGAUUUUAGAGGCUUCGUUUAUUGCUUCCCAGAUUCCUCUGUUAGAGAGCUCAUAAAUACCGAGGGAGUGCUGUACAGUUUGGGCCACUGGCGCGCGAUUGACUUAUUCCUGCCGUACACUUCAUUCUCGUGCGGUGAAGAAACCCUGGCCCGUCAUUGCCUUAUUUGCAUUAGUUUUAUGCGUUCGCGCGAUUCGGAGGAGCGGCUAUGGCGCUGGCGGGCGGGGCACGGCCAAAGGCGCUAGGGUUUUGCUCGCGAUGGGAAAUUUCAGUCGAGCAGCGCGUAGGAGCAUCGAAAUCUCUCUCGCGCGCUCUCUCGGGGAAGCAGGAAUAGGUCUGGCCUCUCGGGAGAGGCUCCAGGGGCGAUUAUCGAGCUGUGCGCUGCGCGCGUGGUGAUCUAGGCGGCUCGCAAGGGAGUGUUUUGCUAGAGGGGGGCAGGAAAUGCUCUGGACGAUCGGAGCAGCACGAUGAAAUCUGCGCGGAGGGCGAGAAUCAAUGCUCCAUCGUCUGGCCACAGCGAGGGGAGUUACGGAAAAAUCGCGUCCUCGGUGAAGUACUCUGGGCUCAAAGAUUUUGCUAAACGCUUCGUGGAUUGCGACGAGUUCACCUCCCACGCGCAAGAAUGGCUGUUAGGUAAGCUCGGGAAUCCGGAAGAUCAGUUCAAAGAGCCUUUCCAGCUUGACGAGCUCAAGCAGCUGGACUAUGCGCUGGAAGGAGUGAUCUUCCAGCAGCUCCUACGAAUGCCGUACUGGCAGCAUGGCCUCUCGGGGAACAUCGCCGCGGAGAUAAACCUCGCGGUGGAGGAUUUCCUCCACACCAUAGCUCAGACGCUAUGGGAGACGCUGUGGAGCUCGGAGGACCGGAUGCCAUUCUUCGUCACAGGGCCUCGGGGGAAGAGGAGCUACUUGGACGGUGUGGCUCUGGUUGGGAAAAGUGGCAGGGGGAUGAACACAGUGUGGGAGCACAUAGUGGAAUUCGUGGAGGUCCAGCCAGAGAUUGGAGGAGACGCUGGGUUUGCCGUGAGCUCCAUCGUUGGUCGCUCGCUCUUCCAUGGGAUUCAUAUGCUCAUGUCGAGGCUCUACUCCGAGAAGAAGCCGUCGGUGAGAAAGCACACGGACACGGCCUACGUCUUGUUCGUGGAUUCCAAGUGCGGUGGGGUGAUGAGACUACGUGGGGAUAUCUCGAAGCUGGAUACCAAGGCAGGAUUAACUUAUGAGGUUGCGACGGACUGGCUCGAGCAGCAUGCAGACGUAGCGGUCUCUUCGGUCGAGCAGGUAUGGAACAGGUUUGGCAACGCUAACUGGGGGGACUUGGGGGCCUUGCAGCUCAUUCUGGCGACUUUACAUUGUAUCGAGCAAUGUAGAGGGUCGCCGAAGAGAUCGCUGGCCGAGUUGGCGAGCGACCACGGGUCGCGGCUGCACAGGCGGAAGAUCGAGCGGCGGUUUCUGGAAAUCCAGGAGAAUGGAAUAGACCAUUCUUACCGGCAAGAAGUUACGAGCCAUGAGAUACAGGAGAUCGAGGAGAUCGAAGCACAGGAGAUUAUACGCGAGUUUGAAGCACUGAAGCUGGAGCCGGGGUCGACGCUGUGGCUGGAGGAUGCUCAAUGGCAACGCGGCUGUGGCUUUCGGAUAGUAAGCAGCCUAGGAGACGAGAAGUACUCGAUGUACAGCGCAACCUCCCUGGACGAAGGUGACAAGCUACUGUCCGUGUACGUUGGAGCGCAUCCCUCUCAGCUGGAGCCGUCGUGGGAGGACAUGACGACGUGGUAUCAAGUCCAGCGGCAGACCAGAAUUCUCAACACCAUGAGCCAGAGGGGAGUCUCCAGCAGGUACUUGCCGCAGCUCGUAUCGUCCGGCCGAAUCCUCCACUCGGGCUCCUGCUCCAAACAGAGUCCUGGCGGCCGUUGCGAUCAUCCGUGGUGUGGGAUCUCGGUGCUGGUCACGUCUCCAGUUGGGGAGCCGCUGGACAUAGUGGUGGCCAAGCACGGCUGGCUCUCGGCGGUGGAAACUCUCAGGUGCUGCCACGAUUUGCUCUCGGCGCUGCGCAGCGCUGGGUCCGCGGGGAUCCAGCACGGGGAUAUCAGCCCUCAGCGAGUGAUCCGGGUGAAAGGUGAUGGAGACUACUUCUACGUUCUCAUCGACUGGGGCCGGGCAGUGCUGGAAGACCGGGACAGUCCCGCGAUAUCUCCUCGCUACUCGUCGACUUACGCGCUGCAGGAGGGGAAGCUGUGCCCGGCCGCCGACGCCGAGAGCCUCGUCUAUCUGCUCUACUUCCUCGUCGGUGGGAGUAUGCCGGAGUUUGAGAGCUUGGAGGCCGCGCUCCAGUGGAGAGAGCGGGCUUGGGCUUUGAGAACUUUCCAGCUCUUGCUCGGGGAGAUCUCGACGGUGCUCAAGGCCUAUGCGGACUACAUCGAUAGCUUGAUCGGGACUCCAUACCCGGCGGACUAUGAUAUCUGGUUGAGGAGAAUAAGCAGGGCGUUUCAAUCGUCCUCCGAUCAGGUCAACCAUGGCAAGAGGAUUCAAUACAUUGAAGGCUCCGGGGGUGUGAUCAAGCCGGUGGAUUACAACACUGGUGAAUCGUCCGGGACGUCGGGAACUUCGUGACAGUCGAGAGACAAAGAUCACGCGGCGAAGUUAUUUUGGCUCGAUCUUCCAAGGCGUAAGUGGAUGUUCCUUGGCACGAAGAACACACGGUAAGAAAAGUGAGUCCACAGGACUCUAGAGGAAGAACGAUCUUUCCAAACAGAUUCUUUCACUGCUUAAAGUUUUUAUGCGAUCAAAAGGUUUUUUUAAUCUGUAAGUUCUUUUUUGGUAUAGAAAGCAUUGCAAUCCAAAAA